UUCGAAAUGAACUCGGUACGGAUCGUACAAGUAUCUGGUAAUGCCGUUUGGACUCACCAACGCACCUGCAACAUUCCAAGCAGAGGUGAAUCAUAUCCUACGCCCACUCUUGUUCGAAUGCGUGGUGGUGUACCUGGACGACAUUCUCGUCUACUUGCACGACAUGCAACAACACGUCGAGCACCUACGACGCGUCUUAGAAAUUCUUUAACGAGAACGCUUCUACGUCAAACUAUCGAAGAGCGACUUCGCCCUCGAGAAAGUCCAAUUCCUCGGACAUAUCGUAAGCGCUCAAGGAGUUCACGUCGACCCCAAGAAAAUCGAAGCUGUGCGAACGUGAAGGAGUUACAGCAGUUCCUUGGGUUUGCUAACUACUACAACAGGUUCGUGCCACAAUACGCGAAGAUCGCCACGCCACUCACGAAUCUGCUAAAGAAGAACACGCCCUAUAAAUGGGAGCCACAACACCAGGAAGCCGUGGAGCAGCUGAAACAAGCACUCACCUCCGCACCCGUACUCAUCUUGCCAGACCCCGAACGCGACUACGUCAUCGAAGCUGACACUAACGAACAGGCAGUGGGAGCAGUCUUGAUGCAAGACCAGGGGAAUGGCCUGCAACCAAUUGCCUACCUCAGCAAAAAAUUUCAUGGCGCAGAACUCAACUACCCGAUACACGACAAGGAGGCCCUUGCUAUCAUCAUCGCCUUCAAAACGUGGAGAUGUUAUCUCGAAGGACGCAAGACGACAGUCUACACCGACCAUUGCAGCCUAAAAUAAUUGAAGGCGCAACCAAGUCUCUCCAG